AUGAGCGCCUUCCAGAAUGCGAUGAUCAACCGCUCGCUCGGCGACAUCAAGAACAACCUCCAGUUCCUCGUCGAAUCCGAAGUCAUCAGCCAGGCCCAGCACGAUGCGAUGCUGCAACAGCUGCCCACCUCCGCCGAGAACCCAACGCGCGCGCUGCCCUCGGCGCCCGCCCAGCAGGUUGCCACCCAGUUCUCGCAGAUGAACCUUCAGCCGACACCCUCGCACACGCCCACGCCCGCGCCCGCGCCCGCGCCCGCGUCGGAGAAGAGGCAGAACAUUGGCUACUACGCCGAGAACCCGGCGCCGCCCGCCUACCCGUCCACACCCUCCCUGCCCGCCGGCCCGACAAUACUCACACACGCCACCGCCAUGUACCAGUACAACGCCCAGGACGCCGGCGACCUGGCGCUCCUCCCCAACGACAAGGUCGCCGUCACAGAGUACAUGAACGCCGAGUGGUGGAAGGGCAAGAACGAGCGCACCGGCCAGGAAGGCAUCUUCCCCGCCUCGUAUGUGCGCAAGGAGGAGAAGGCCCUGGUUCCGCCGCCCAGCAACUACGGCAACAUGCCGCUCGACGUGUCCAACGGCGCUGCAUCCGCCCCCGCCCAGCAGACGCCCGGCGAGCCAAGCAAGUUGGAGCAGGGCGGCAAGAAGUUUGGGAAGAAGCUGGGCAACGCCGCCAUCUUCGGUGCAGGUGCGACUAUCGGCGGCAAAAUUGUGAAUGGCAUUUUCUGA